AAGAAUAUCAAGUUUCAUUAAAUGUUUGUUAUUGUUUGGUUUCGCAAUCUGACUUGACGUUAGUGAAAUAACAAUUAAAGGGGGUGAGGCAUUUCACUGAAAUAUAGUAAUUUUAUAAAAUAAUUACGAAUUAAACGAUUACCACAUUUAUACGCUUUUCGUUCGACUUCUUAUCGCAUCAAUUUCUUCAUAAUUAUCGAUUGAUAUGCUUUAGAAGAGUUUUUCCUGUGUAACUUAAAGUACAAGUGAACACUUCUCUAGGCAUUCAAAAUGGGCAAUAUUUACACUGUUGGACCUAAUGAAGCCCUAAUUGUAUCAGGAGGUUGUUGUGGAUCUUUAGAUAAACGAACAGUUGUAGGCGGUUGGGCAUGGGCCUGGUGGUUAGUUACUGAUAUACAGCGACUUUCUCUUGAGGUGAUGACUUUGAUGCCUAAAUGCGAGCAUGUUGAGACUGCUCAAGGUGUUCCACUCACAGUGACUGGUGUUGCACAGUGUAAAGUCAUGACUGAAAAAGAAUUUUUAUCAACAGCUGCUGAACAGUUUCUUGGUAAAAGGGUUGAUCAUAUAAAGUCUGUCAUACUUCAAACUUUGGAAGGUCAUCUUAGAGCAAUUUUAGGUACUCUGACUGUUGAGGAGGUUUACAGAGAUAGGGAUCAAUUUGCAUCUCUGGUGAGAGAAGUCGCUGCACCAGAUGUAGGUAGGAUGGGUAUUGAGAUUCUGAGCUUCACCAUCAAAGAUGUAUUUGACCAGGUUGAAUAUUUGUCUUCACUUGGAAAGGCCAGGACGGCUGCUGUCAAAAGGGAUGCAGAUGUAGGCGUUGCACAAGCUGAAAGAGAUGCUGGAAUCAGAGAAGCUGAAUGUGAAAAGUCUGCCAUGGAUGUGAAGUAUAAUACCAACACCAAAGUUGAGGAUUCUCAUAGAAUGUAUCAACUGCAAAAGUCCAACUUUGAUGCAGAAGUUAAUACUAAGAAAGCUGAAGCUCAGUUGGCAUAUGAACUACAGGCAGCUAAAAUGAAACAAAAAAUUCGUAGUGAAGAAAUAGAAAUUGAGGUUGUUGAGAGAAGAAAGCAGAUAUCUAUACAAGAAAAAGAGAUUCUUCGUAAAGAGAAAGAACUGAGUGCUACUGUCCGAUUACCAGCUGAAGCUGAAGCCUUCCGAGUUGAAAUGAUUGCCCAGGGCAAAAGGACACAAACGAUGGAUCAAGCUAGAGCCGAAGCAGAAAAAAUUAAAAUGUUAGGUGCAGCUGAAGCUUAUGCCAUUGAAGCUGUAGGAAAAGCAGAAGCUGAACAAAUGAGAAUGAAAGCUGCAGCUUAUAAGCAAUAUGGUGACGCUGCCAUCAUGAGUUUAGUGUUAGAUUCUUUGCCUAAAAUUGCUGCUGAAAUUGCUGCUCCUCUUGCUAAAACAGAUGAAAUAGUAUUACUUGGUGGUGAUGAUAAGAUUACAGGAGAAGUCACAAAGUUACUAAGUCAGUUACCUCCGAGUGUACAAGCUAUAACAGGAGUGGAUUUGACUAAAGUGGUUAAUAAAGUAAUUUCCUCUAAAUGAAAAGCUUUAAUGAAGACUCGUAAAUAUUUAUAAUGCACCCAAGUGUACUGAAGUAUCUACUUUGCAUAAUGUAUUUUUAUUGCCUGUCUUUUGUAAAUAUAUACUCAAGGUUUUUAUGCUUGAAUUGGUUAUUUGAACUUCAAUCAACUGAAAUCUUGAAUAUUUUAUUAUAUAAAAACUUAAGUUGCUUGAAAUGUGUCGAAAAAUAAAGCUUCAAGGGGCAUUUGCAAAAUAGUUUUAAAAUUUUUUUUGAAAAAUUCGAAAAAUUGAUGAACCCAUGUAUUCAAAAGUGAGUAAAUAAUUUUUUUUUUGUCUUGUCAAAAUUGAGCCCAAUAUUGAGUAUUUUUGAAGCUUUUUAUGUCCUUAAAUCGGCAAUGCUGAGUGUUAAAAUAUUUCUCUGAUUAUUGUAUACUGAAAUUCUCAUUUUACCCAUUUCAUUUUGAAAUUAAGAUCUGUGCAUCUUUUUUUUUAUAGAAAUUGUUUUUAAAAGGCUGUUUUAUAAUUGAAUAUGAUUUCAAAUAUAUUUUGGCAGUGCUGUUAGGAGUCUAUUUCUUUGAUUUUGAUUUUUUAGAAAAAAUUCUUGUAGUUUUUUUUAAUGAUUUCAAAUAUCUUACCAAAAAUGAAAGCACUCGAUUGUCACUUCAUACUUUUAUACACUGAGAUCUGCAAAAAAUUAAAAACUUGACAAAAUAAAUUUAUGUUUUAUUAUUAAAUAAGGCUUAAAUAAGAUCUUUCUCAAAAAUUUUUUUCUUUCUACAAAGCUCUAAAGGUUUCAUAUCAAAUUCUAUUAAGCCCACACUAACAAGUUUUAAAACAAUUGGAAAAAUGUUUUAUAUUUAUACAUACUGAAAAAGUUAAACAGGUUAUUAAAAUAUUUUUUAAAAUACACAUAUUUAUAUGAAAAAAGAAAACAACUUUUUUUUAAAGAAAAAAAAGUGGUAUUCGCUCACUGGUACAGAGCUCACUGGAGAGACAUCCUAUUUUACUUUUUUAAAUUUUUUUUUUAAUGUGUAACUUGUUUUAGAGCAUUUUUUGUUGGUUUCUGAUGAUUUGGUGCAUAUCACCUUAAUUAAGUUGAAAUCCAUUGCAGCACUUAUAAUGGUGUGCACAAUUAGUUGUAUUUUAUAAUCUUAUUUCACAUUGAUUUAAAAGAAAAUUCUAAA